AUGUCGCUGAUCCCAAGCUUCCUUGGCAACCGCCGGAGCAACGUGUUCGACCCGUUCUCGUUGGAUCUGUGGGACCCAUUCGAGGGUUUCCCUCUCUCCACCGCCAAAGACGCAUCGGCGGUGGCCAACGCGCGCAUAGACUGGAAGGAGACGCCUGAGGCCCACGUGUUUAAGGUGGAUGUCCCCGGCCUCAAGAAAGAAGAAGUCAAGGUGGAGGUUGAGGACGGCUCUAUACUCCAGAUCAGUGGGGAGAGAAGCAAGGAGCAAGAGGAGAAGAACGACAAGUGGCAUCGUGUCGAGAGGAGCUCCGGCAAGUUCGUCCGCCGUUUCCGGCUGCCGGAGAAUGCCAAGCUGGAUCAGGUGAAGGCAGCCAUGGAGAACGGAGUGCUUACAGUGUCCGUGCCCAAGGAGGAGGUCAAGAAGCCCGAGGUUAAAGCGAUUGACAUCUCUGGUUAA